UAGAUGGAGGAGCCAGCAGUGGCCGAUCCCAGCUGGGGUCACGGUCCAGACCUGGCCGCAUGACUCUCCCAUCAUCCCUCUACCAACAUCUCAUCACCAAACUUGUCGUCGUUCUUGACCUCGUGCAACAGUCGGAGGGAAUUACGACGCCGCAAGCCAAGCAGGCUUUAUUGCAUGCGACCAACGAUUUUCGCAAUGCCGUAGCGACUGCCAAACGCCUCGCACUGGAUCUCCCGGGUGGCGAGCUCGUUGUGAGGGAGCAAGACGAGAUUAUCAUGAUGUUGACGCAGCUCAGAGAUGGAAAGAGGCGUCAGCUGCACCGAUUUUUUGUGGCCGCCGAAGACGACAAUAUGGAUUUGGAUUCGGCCGCCUCGACACCGUGACGAACGAUGUGUAUUUCUGUAUCUGAAUAAACGAAGAGCUGUCCUUCUCAGCGAUAACAUAAAGGCAAUCAUACCCGAUGCGUCCAUCUCACGCCAUGAUAAGCAUCGUGGCGAAUCAACACUUGGGUGCCCCUUGCCCUUCCGGUAGUCGCUUACCACAGCGACUAGCAGAAAUGUAUAUUCAAGGCACGACU